AUGUCCACAAACAACAAUCACAACCCCAGCGCGGAACAACCCCGUGACGCGAUCACGGCAGAGGAGAUAAAUGGAACAGAAACGCCUAAUCAGCCUCAACCCACCAUGGACGCGGGCUCUCAGAAACGACCCAACGCAUUCACAGAACUCAUGUCGCGAUCCAAGCGACCAAAACCACCUCCAACUGGCAUAACCGCCACCGACUCCCCCAGUACAACCGAGCAAAAUGCCAAACCUUCAAAACGCUGGAAUCCCCGUGACGGGCUGGGCAUAUACAUAGAAACCCCCGAGACGAACCCCGAGGGAAGAAUCCUAGAAUACGACGAUGACUUUGUCGUGAUAACCGACAAGUACCCAAAAGCAAGCGUACACCUCCUCCUCAUCCCACGAAACCGCGCCUACUACACCCAGCACCCCCUCCACGCCCUCUCCAACGACCCCGCCUUCCUCACCACAGUGCGAGCACGCACCGCGCGUCUCGUAGACCUAGCAGCCAACGAACUACGCCGCCAAUACGGCGAGGGCAGCGCCUCAGAUGCGCCCUACAACACCGCUCUCGAAACUCUCAUGUCCAGUCCUGACCCCCCACCAUCCCCCUCCAAGCGCUCCGCUCUCCUCCCACAAGGCCGCGACUGGAGCAAAGAGAUAGUAACAGGCGUGCACACGCAUCCGUCGAUGAAUCACUUGCACAUCCACGUGUUCAGUCGCGAUAUGCAUUCGCCGUGGAUGAAACACAAGAAGCACUAUCUUAGUUUCAACACGAGUUUCCUGGUGCAAUUGCACGAGUUCCCGCUCGAGGAAGGGAGCGUGAGAUUUCGUCCGGGCGACUGGCCGAGCUGGGACAUGGAGUGUUGGCGAUGCGGACAGAAUUUCAAAAACAAGUUUGCGGCACUGAAAUCGCAUUUGGAAGAGGAGUUUGAGGAGUGGAAGAAGGAGUAG